AUCGUUUGCAGGGUUCGGUAUAGAGCCUUCAAAUCUCUUUUCAUUCUUAGGUGCAGAAGAACCGAAUACUUUUACCCUCAAUCUUCUCGGCAAUCUUGAGAGUUAUACUGGAAAACCACCACAUGUUCGUAUUGGUGGGAACAUGCAAGAUUAUAUGGUAUUCCAUGAAUCGCAAAGCGAGUGGACAUGGAUUCAGAAUAAAUAUCCAUUUAGUUUAGAGAAUCUUAAGCCUAAUAGCAUGAUAAUCGGGCACCGUUUCUUUGAAACAGCGAACCGCCUGCCAAGAGGCACAACUGUGACCUGGGGUCUGAAUUUGGCAUAUGAACAAGAUGACUACAUUGAACAGAUUACGACAAUGGCGAAGCAUGCUAUAUGCUGUUGUCCAAAUCUGGCCAUUACAUCUUUUGAAAUCGGAAAUGAGCCGGAUCUUUACUUACAGAAUGGCUUUCGAAUAGGUAAAUGGGGAGGCCAAGUCUACACCCAGCAGUAGCUAGAACGAGCCUCUGCAAUACAUAAGCAGG